CCUUCCCCCGUUGUCUCCAUCUGAAAACCGCGCGAGAUCGAGGUUUCUUACUUCGAGUCAAACUCUUCUCUCCAAGCUUUCCCCUUUUCCUUCAAUCUCCUCUCCCCCCUAUAUACUCGCCCUCCCCCAAAAUCCAAUUACCAAAUCCACAAUUUCCGCGUCACUAGAUCUCCGCCUGCUGGGAAAGAACGAAAUCGAUCAAGCAAGAUGACCCAAGAUUCCAUGAUGAAUUUUCCAAGUACUGAAUCGAUUUACCCAUCGACCAGCGAUGACCAAUCGACCGAUCUAGAACCCAUGUUCCCCUGCUCCUACCCGCCACCGUUCUUCGUCGGCGACGAAGAAGAUUGGCCGUCGCUCCCGCGGUGGACCUGGAGCGAGGACCGGCAGUUCGAGAUCGCUCUCGUGAUGUUCCCCGAUGAGACGCCGGACCGAUGGGAGAGGAUCGCCGGCCAGAUUCCGGGGAAGAGCGUCGCCCAAGUUUUCCAGCAUUACGAGGAUCUGGUACAGGACGUCACCCAGAUCGACGCCGGGGGAUGCGAUUGGCUGCUCGGCGGCGACGAGUACGACGGCGGUCAGGUGAUGACGUGUCUUGGGCCGAGGAUCGGGAAGGAGCAGAGGGAAACGACGUCGGAGAGGAGGAGAGGAUCCCCUUGGACGGAAGAAGAGCACAGGCGUUUCCUGGAGGGAUUGGAGAAGUACGGGAAGGGAGAUUGGAGGAGCAUAUCGAGGAACGCCGUGAUCUCCAGAACGCCGACCCAAGUCGCGAGCCACGCACAGAAGUAUUUCCUCCGUCUCAACUCCGUUAAGAACAAGAAACGGCCCAGCAUUCACGAUGUCAGGCCUGGUGAUAAUUGGGCCGAUGUUUCCGGAGUGGACGUGGAGGAAGCCCAACAACUGAAUUCUGGACACGAACAGCAGAAGCCGGACGCCGCCGGUUGAGUCGUGGCGGCUGCCGAUGGUGAAUGCAAAUCAUGAAAGGAAAUGGCAAUGCACUGCCGUUUGGAUUUUUGUUUGAUGAAUUUGAGGUUUUUUUUUUAACCCCGUAGGGUAGAUGUUUUCUUUUAUCUUCAUGUAGGAGUAAUAGUGUCUAGUGAGCUGUAAAAAAUAAAUUGUCUAUUCAAAGAAAUUUAUUCGUUUUAA